GCGACUGCCUUCUCACACAAGCCCUGGCAUCUGCAACACCAGCGUACCUGACCUUUACUCGAACAACCCGCGCCAGCGCCAGGAUUCGACUCCGACGCUGCAAGCGCUAGAACUACCGCAGGGCUGACACCGCCCGCUGUCUCGACUCUCCGAAACGACCACGACUCCACGACUCCACCCCCCUCGAUCGUCCCACUUCCCCCAACACCACCGCCGCUCUUCCUCUUCUACCAGCACGCGACCAGCCCGGCGCUGAGUUUCUCUUUUCAGUGGCAUUUUCCACCCACGCACGACGCCACGCGCACUAAUUGGUCCCCUUUGGACUCCCCGCGCUUCGCCGACUAUACCACAUAGCAACCCGACUUUCGUUUACGCCCCAACACACGCGCGCUCUGCGAGCUCCGGCGGACUGGCCACCUCCAGUCUACGACACUCUUUCACAUCGCAUUCGCUGAACGUCCUUAUCGACUCGACGCCCGCCGCACGAUCGCACUUCCUCGUCGCUCGCUAAAACGCCUCCUUUAACACACCACCGCCAACUACAUGCCCAGUCCAGGCGGUUAUCACUCGCCGUCGCUGCAGAAGAUGGAGGUCGGAAAUGGCCGCUACAGCGGAGGAAAAGGAUUCAGCAUGGGCAACAUCGCAGGCGAUCCUUUUUGGCUGGGAUCAAUAGGCAUUGGCACAUCCGGCUGGCUUAUCGCCUUUGUCAGCUCCAUCAUCGCCGACAUAUCGGACACCUAUCCCAACUACUCAUGGUGGUGCUUAGUGUACAUGCUGUUUUUGAUCAUUGGAGUCUUCUACGUGGUCGGCUCGGAUUCAGUCUUCACAUACCAUGUCGCAAUGGCUGCUCUGCUAUCGGCAGGACUGGUCUUCACGACAUCAUCAGUCAACUCACUCAUCUACGCCGCCAGUCCCGCGAAAGAGGCCGCCGCAGCUGGUUUCAUUUUGCUCUCCAUCUGCACAAUCGUCUGGAUGCUCUACUUCGGUUCCCAACCGCAAGCCUCGCAUCGACAAACCCUCGACUCCCUCGCUCUCCACAAGGACCGCGUACCGACCAGCCGCAGCAGUAGAGCCAUGCGCCAAUCGUACCGACCCGACACCACCCUCUCCGCCGCUCAGCAACACCAGCAGCACCAACAACAAAUGUACAACUCCAACCACCUCGCCGGUUUCGAAACGGCCUCGCCCGUCACAGGCUACCCCGGCGGAGCACCAGGAGUGUCGAGUCGCGCCUCCGCCGCACAAUUUCCGCAACCUCUCAACCAGCAAUCAUCACACCCGACUCUGCAAGGCACUAAUGGCGCCUCGGGCAUGGGAGGUACAGAGACGUCUGGAGGCACCGCGCCGGAAACAUACCCAUACCGCGCGAAAGCGAUUUACAGCUACGAAGCGAACCCAGACGAUGCGAAUGAGAUUUCCUUUUCGAAGCACGAGAUCCUCGAGGUGUCGGAUGUGAGCGGCAGGUGGUGGCAGGCGAAGAAGGAGAAUGGCGAGACGGGCAUUGCACCUUCGAAUUAUCUGAUUCUGCUGUGA